AUGUUGCAAUUAAUCUUCCUACAGGAUAUUCUCAAGAGGUAUCGUUUUGAUUUGCCAGCGGGCAUUGAGCACGAUUAUGCCAACUGGGAGAAGAUAUCAAUGUUUGUCGGUUAUUCACUAACUCAAACCCGUGCCAGAGUGAAGAAAUUGAUUAAAGACAGUAUAAAGGCAAAUACCAAUAUAUUUUCGCUUGCGCAGAUGAUUGUUCACUCCACGCCUUGUCGCACGACGAUCCAGCUGUGCUCCCGUGUUGCGCUCAUGCGUGCGGUUCACGCCGAAUGCAAUGCUGACAUUCUAUGCAGGGCAUUCAAUGAAAUCCUGAAGAUUGAUCGAGCUACAUACGGUGUGGCGGAAGAAUAUGUGAUUGGGGAUACUGUUCCCGAUGAGUGGCAGCAGCGCGUUGAUGAUGUCGUUGCGGGGAUAGAUAUAGUGUGA